AUGGAGACGCAGCUAGACCCCACGAAGGAUGACUUGCCCUUAAUGGCCAACACUAACUACAUGCUUGUAAAGCACUAUGUAUUGGACUUGGAUGUGGAUUUUGAAAGUAAAAUUAUUGAAGGCAUCAUAGUUUUAUUCUUUGAGGCUGGGAGCCAGUACAGGAAGACCAGCAGUGCUGGCAAAGAAGGCUGCCAGUCCCUGUUUGAUGAAACCUGUGCAGUGAGGGCAUCUGAACCCUGCCACAUUCCUGUGACAAAUGUGAGUGCCUGUUCAUCUGAAACGGGAUAUAAUGAUUCUGCUGUCUGUGGUAAAGGUGAAGAAGAUGCUUCUGAUAAAAAUGGUAACCAUAGCAACGGGGACCAGGCUUCUGGGAUUUCUAGUUCAAAGGAAUGCUAUGACAUAGAGAAUCAUGGGAGCAAGGAUUUUUUGUUGGUGUUGGACUGCUGUGAUUUGUCCGUGCUAAAGGUUGAGGAGGUAGAUGUUGCUGCUGUUUCAGCCAUUGAAAAAUUCACAAGGUCUGCCAAGCUAACUGGUGUUUCAAAGGAGCUGGAAAAUCUCAGGAACCAGAUUGUACAUGAACUUGUGGCUCUACCUGCAGAUCGCUGGAAGGAACAGCUACACUAUUUUACCUGCUGCAGCCAGGCGCCUGGCUGUGGAGAGCUUCUGUUCACUACUGGCACUUGGAGCUUGGAGAUAAGGAAAUCAGGAAUUCAGACUCCAACAGACUUUCCUCAUGCAAUAAGAAUAUGGUACAAAACCAAACCCAAGGGAAGAUCUGUUACGUGGACUACAGACCAGAGCGGCAGGUAUGUAACUCCUAGCUGA